UUGUAUAAAAACGUGUAUUCUUAUCCCAUUACAGUACAUAUUUUAUGCCAAUACAUAUGUUUUCACUAUGCAUAUCCGCGUGUUACAAGAGUAACGUACCUUUGUCUAAAAUUUGUCAUUGUUUGAAAUAAAAUUAAAGAUUCUUUGGUGUUCCUAUUUUCUUACUGGCGCUGUACUGUACGACUGUUAAAGAUAUUGAUAUUGCACUACGAAGAGUAGGCGGAUAUUUACUAUCUAUCUCGACUUCAAUAUGCAAAAUAUGAAGCUGGAACGGAUAUUGCUGGUUACAACGUGUUUUGUAAUCGCAUCAUUGAACAUAAAUGCAGUCAGUAAAAAAAGUAAAUUAUUAUUUCUUCUUGUGGAUGGAUUUCGAUGGGACUACUUCGACCUGCCGGGAGCCAAUCUUAGCGGUUUCGACCGUCUCUUCCAGUACGGGGUUCGAGCCCAGUGGAUGGUGCCAGACUUUCCAACCAACUCAUUCCCGAACUACAAAUCUUUGGAAACUGGUCUGCACGUGGAGGGUCAUGGGUUCGUGGGAAACUACAUGUGGGACGAGAGUACUGGAAACCACUUCGAGUUGCCCAUGUCAGAGCAGUCCAGCUUUCUCUCAUCCUGGUGGGACGUAGAAGAGCCCUUCUACAUCACUGCGGACAGACAGGGUAUCCGCACGGGUUUGUUUAACGUACGAGGCUGUGAUAUCAUCAUCAACGGUGUGGUUCCCUCUCUUUGCGAGCCUUUCCUGGAUAACUCCAGCACUGCAUCUGUCUCCUUACAGCUCCAACACGCACUGGAAAUGCUGCAACACGACCAGAUUGAUAUCGCAUAUAGGCGUUAUACACAUAUUACAUAUGAGCUUCACUUAUGGAAAAACGUGUAUCACAUGAAUGUUGACACAGCCGGUCAUAAUUUCGGUCCAAACUCCAAAGAAGUCGAAGCAGCGGUCACAGAGGUGGACGCAGUGGUCAGCGAAUUACUUGACGUCAUCGAGUCCAUCGGCGACCCCCAUAUCAGCCUCGUUCUGGUUUCGGACCACGGAAUGACGUCAGUAGACCAGACGCACAAGAUCAACAUUUCUGAGGCGAUUGACAUUCGUGACGUCAGGAAGAUCCUAGACUCGGGGACGCAGACUCUAAUAUGGCCGCAGCCGGGUAAAACUGAACAAGUGUACAACCGUUUGAGGGAGUUUCACAAGAACCUCAAAGUGUUCAACCGCGCAGACAUCUUGGAUCGCUGGUUCUUCAAGAAACACUCGCUUAUUCCGCCGAUAUUUGUAACGGCUGACAAGGGGUGGUAUAUAGUUCACCAGAACAAAGUUGACGAAUCCUACGCGAGCCUCAUCGCGAAACCUUGGCACGGUAACCAUGGUUUCGACAACGACGACCUAGAUAUGAUGGCAAUAUUUGCGGCAUAUGGUCCUGAUUUCAAAAAGAAUGUCGUGGUGAAACCGUUCAGUAUUGUGAACGUGUACCAGGUGAUCUGUCACGUGGCCGGUAUUAAGCCCCACCCACACAAUGGCACGUGGAACGCCGUGCAAGACAUGUUUGUGGAACAGGAACUGCACACGGAACUGUGAUAGCUUGUAGUCAUCAUAAUUAUUGAAUGCAUACAUACGUUUAUUACAUUGUUACUGAACUGAGGGUGUGAUAUAUGUAUUACUCCCCUGCGUUGUUUGUCGUAGUAAUGGGUAUGAAAAAAGGCCGCCGUUGGGUAAUGGAUGUGGUCCGCCUUGUGACCGGGAGGUCACGGGUUCGAUCCCCACUGUUGGAGCGUUCUUAAUAUCUACCCCGACGACACCAAGUACUGGUUAUAGGCCCAGGAAACGGACUCGCGAGCGUUUCAAAUAAGAAGUAAGUACUUGAAAUGCAAUCGAGAUAAAAUAAAGAGGUUUAAACUAAACAAAUGAAUAUGAGACACUCUCUGCGAAAACGGUGCCUACCACAUGUGCAUGAAAUGUCAUCAAAGAUAAUCCUUGCAGUCCGCACAUCCAGUUAAAGGAUAGCACUUUAUGCUUUGGUACUAUAUUACGUUGAAAGGAAGUCUCUUCUUGGCAAUAAUCCAGUUUGGGCGGAAAGUGUCUUCCCUGAUUAGCCAUUGUGGACUAAACAGGCUUAUCUUCGACGACACAAUUUACGAGCAUAGUUUAAGCUUCGUUUUCGAAAGCGCGGCUCUAUUAUGAAUCAAGGAUUACCGUCCUGAAUCGUUUGUCGUAGGUAAUGGAUUUGCCAUCCACGACGGAGUCUCCACUGUUCAUGUUAUUUUACCGAGCUUUCACUCUUUGCAUAUGGUCAUUAAAUUUCGUUAAUGUUAAGAUCUAUAUGAUUUCUAAGUCCUCAUUGAGGACCAACGUUGUCAAAAGUAUGUCCGUUCUUAAAUCGGAUGGUAGACGACUAAUAUACAUUACUUACAGAAAGCUACAUUAAAGGAACUUUUUCACAGAUUUUGGCAUGUUUUGAAGUUUGUCAUUUAAUGCUUUAUAUUGAUAAAUGUUAACAUUGGAUCUAAAGGUGCUAGUAAAAAACAAGAAUAAAAUUAAAGAAAAAAAGUAACCCUCCACUGGGCUCGAACCACUGACCCCUAGAGUAAAAGUGUAACGCUUAGACCAUCAGGCAACCCGUGCUCAAACAGUGAGUGCUAUUUUAUACUUUAUGUAAGCAAUCCUCGUAUUGUCAAAAAAUAUAAUGACAACAACAGAAGUCUCCAAAUUAUUAAAUCGUUUCGAGUUGCAACUCUAUAUAAUUUUCAGGUUUUUAAUUGUCAAAAGAUGCAUAUAAUGGAUAUUUUAUUGCAUGGUGGAGCAUGUUUUUUUUAAUAAAUAAAGUCAAUAAAAAGUCCGUUUAUGACAA